AUGGUAUCAAGUUUUGAGUUGAGAAAGUUGCUUUUUGGGGGCAUUGCUGCGAAACGCGAAUUGCGGAAUCUAGAAGCACGUGUCAGAGCUGAACUGAUUGGUUCUUCGGCUGCCAUGUCGACACAUCAGCCACCAAUUUGGCGACAGAUUAUGAGACCACAUGUUGCUAAGCCACUGUUUAUCCUAAACGUAUUCAAUGUUCUCCAAAUACUCUCAGGAACUUACUUAGUAGUUUUUUAUGCAGUUGAUAUAAUCAAAGAAUUAGGCGGAGCUGAAAUCAAUAAUCUUGCAGCUGCCAACAUGACUGCUGCUGUCCGACUGGUUUUCACAAUGCUCUGUUGCUAUUUGCUACUUGUGAUGCCCCGCAGAACUUUGGCAAUCUUCUCUGGCUUUUUUGGAGGUGUUAGUGUUUUCUUCAUGGGUUUAUAUAUUAUGUUCAUUGCAUCUACUCCUAAAACAACUGUCGAUGUUUCGGUUCUCGGUAUUUGUACAUUAAUAUACAUUGCUGGUAACACUGGAUUGAUGGUCCUCCCUGGUGUGAUGAUAGGAGAAUUAUUACCAGCCAAAACGAGAGGUGUCGUUGCUGGAUAUGUUUUUGCAUUUUUCAACUUAUCUUUAUUUACUGUUGCCAAGGUUUUUCCUGAAAUUUUAACAAAAAUUGGGUCGCAUGGAAUGUUUUUAUUUUUUGGCAGUGCGUCUCUUUUAGCAACUAUUUUUAUAUUCGUAAUGCUUCCCGAGACAAAAGGAAAGACUUUAGGUUAUAUAGAAGAUUAUUUUAGACAAGAUAAUUUUUUCUGGUUUACAAGAUCUAAAGAUACGAAUGAAACGAAAGAGAGUACUGUAAUUACUGUGAGCAAGGGAUGA